AAAAGCAGAAAUUAUAAACUCACUUUGCUCAACACUGAAAAAGUAAGCAAAACAAAAGCUUCAUUAAGCAGUUAUGGAAGCUGUAAUGAUCCAAACCGGUUCGAUUUCGGCCCAGUCGCCGACCUUGCCCGGUUCGCCCAGAGUGUCCCUCUCCCGAAACGACUCGCUGUCCAGCGUUUUCUCCGGCGCGAGGAGCACCGUCGGAUCUCCAAGGAUCUCUCUUCAUUUCAACGUCUAUCGCCGGCGAGAUAAAAUUUUCCGGAGAGCUCUGUCGGAUAGCGACAUUCCCCGAUCGGAUACCGAUAUUGCCGCGAAAUCGAACUCUUUUCCGGCGGAGGAGCUGCGGUUUCCCGGCGGAGAUCGUGGAGUCAACGCUUUGUCCAACGUCGACGAAGGCGAGCAGAAAAAGAUCGGAGACUAUUAUCAGGAAAUGCUAAAGUCAAAUCCCGGUGAUCCUCUGCUUCUGAGAAACUACGGAAAAUUCUUGCAUGAGGUGGAGAAUGAUGUGGUGGGAGCUGAAGAGUGCUAUUGCAGAGCCAUAUUGGCGAGCCCUGGAGAUGGCGACUUGUUGUCGCUGUACGCAAAGCUGAUCUGGGAGACGCACAGAGACGAGGAGAGAGCUAAGUCUUACUUUGAUCAGGCCGUUUCUGCUUCCCCUGACGAUUGCAUGGUGUUGGGGUCCUACGCUAGCUUCAUGUGGGAAGCAGAGGAAGAUGAAGAGGAGGAGAAUGAAGAAAUCAAACCAAACGUUCAAGUUUCAGCAGCGCCAGCUCUGCUGGUUCAUGCCUUUUAGCAGAAAAAUACUUCACAUGAAAUCGCUACUGAAUUUGUCACACGUCAAGGUAGAUCGGGAAAAGAGUUCAUGAAAAAAAGGCUUUAACUAAUUAACCUCAACAUUAAGAAAUAAAAAGCUAUGUUAAUUAUAUAGAAUGUAGCUAGCUAUGAGAUAAAAGAGGUUCCGUGCUCUUUUUCUCUGUGUUUAUUUCAUUUGCUUGUCUGCUUUCUUUCCGUGUAAAUUUUAUAUCUAAUCUAAUCUCCCUUUUAUGCCUCUUA